AUGGAAGAAGAUCUCGAGAACAGAGGAGGUGCAUGUCCUCAGCUGCUCGAUCUGAUUCCAAAUGAGAGCGACUGGAUGAUGGCGCCAGAGGCAUCAGGAGGAGGAAGAGGAGUCGGCGGCUUAGAUGACUCGGAAGACAAAAAGUUGGAGCUGAAGCUUGGGCUCCCUGGAGUAGGAGGAGGAGAAGAAGAGGCUGCUGCUGUUCUCUGUCUUGAUUUCUUCUCCAAGGCUUCAAAGACCACCACCACCACCACCUGUACUGGAGCCAGAAGACGGCUCUUCGAAUCUGCAGAGUCCAAAUCAGAAGGUCCUCAGCAAGAGCAGCAGGCUGGGUUCCUCCAGUUGCAGAGCAGAGCAGAGUCUGGGAAUGAAUGGCCACACAAGGCAGUUUGGGCUGGUGGGAAGGCUGAUCUGCAGCAAAGCCAUGCUGCUCCCGGAGGUGCAGCUGGACCCAACACCAGCUCCCAGACAAGAGCUGCGCCUGCUCCUGUUGUUGGUUGGCCUCCUAUCCGCUCCUUCAGGAAGAACCUGUCAAGUAGUUCGGUCAAGCCAUCAGUUGGGUUGGAGAAUGACAAUGUAGAGAUGAAGCAGAAGUUCGAUAACAACAAGAAAGGCUUGCUCGUAAAGAUCAACAUGGAUGGUAUCCCCAUCGGAAGAAAAGUAGACCUGAAGGCCUAUGACAAUUAUGAGAAGCUCUCUUUAGCUGUCAAAGAGCUCUUCCUUGGCCUUCUUGCAGCUCAAAGGGACACCCCUGAAAAUGAGAAUGAAGCAGCCAAACAAGCAUUCGUAGGCUUGUUAGAUGGUUCCGGUGAAUACACUUUGGUUUAUGAAGACAAUGAAGGUGACAAAAUGUUCGUCGGGGAUGUUCCAUGGGACAUGUUUGUUUCAACGGUUAAACGGUUGAGGGUGCUGAAAAGUUCUGAUCUCGCUGCAUUACGUUUAGGAGCAGUCAGCAGGAAAAGAACAGCAACUGAAAGUUGAGUAGAAUGAGAAACACAAAGUUUGGGUUAUGCAUCCAUCUUUCCUCAUCUUUGGAUGUUAUUGGCUAAUGCAACUGGACUAAUUCCUAACUAUUUUGGGGGUUGUUGAACUCAUAUUCCUGAUAAACCAUGUAUCGGUGCAAUCGAAUGUUAAUCCAGUGUACAUACUCCUAUAAUCACUCAUUUAUCUGAGUUUGAAUUGCAUGAUAA